GCCAACAGUGCCUUCCCGGAUCCAGAAAAUCGAGUCAGCUCUGUGUGUCAGCGCAAUCAACUAGUUGUCAAAAUUUUUUAGGCGCACCUGUUGUGGUUCCUCUCUAUCAGAAGGCAAAGUUUAUCGUUUGAUGAAAAGGCCGCGGUGAAAAUCUGGUGGUAAAGAAGGCAUGCCGAGAGCUUUCCUCCUCACUAACCGACGUUACAACUUGGAAGAAAUGACGCAUACAGGUGAUCAUAACAGUACUCAGCAAGGUGAAAAUGAAAACUUAGUACAAGGAUCGUCGACUAAACUCCCUGACAACAUUUUUGGCUGUCCAGAUGAACUCUACAAUUUGACUAAACUAGCCGAAAUCGCAGUUGCUACAGGAGAAAUUCUCGACCAGAAAAAAUUCUUGGGUAAAUGUUCAGCGUCUGCCUCGGAAACAUUCUAUUCAGGCUAUACCCAUAAACUCUUCGACAAAUCUUCAAAGAUUCCAAGACCACAUUUGAAUAAAGUUAGUAAUUCUAAAUCAUCGUUAAGUCAAAAGACAGAAGGAAACUCACCUACAACAAGUGAACAAGGAGAUCACGAAUGUCCUGAAUGUGGAAAAACUUACAGCACCUCUUCCAAUUUGGCACGGCAUCGCCAAACUCACCGCAGUCCAGCUGAUAAAAAGGCUCGAAGAUGUCCUCAUUGCGACAAACUCUACGUCAGUAUGCCUGCGUUCUCAAUGCACGUUCGAACUCACAACCAGGGUUGCAAGUGUCAAUUUUGCGGAAAAUGUUUUUCGAGGCCGUGGCUACUUCAAGGACACAUUAGAACACAUACGGGAGAAAAGCCUUUCAAAUGCACAAUUUGCAGUAAGGCUUUCGCCGACAAGUCCAAUCUGCGAGCACACAUCCAAACACAUUCCAAUACAAAACCUCACAUAUGUGGUAGGUGCGGUAAGGCUUUCGCCUUGAAGUCCUACCUUUACAAACACGAGGAAUCUUCCUGUAUGAGGAUCCACGGUAGGAAUUCCCCAGCUGGGUCAGAAAAAUGCAAAGCAUCUCCAACGCCAGUCAUAAUGUCCGUGGGCAACGUAGACGUCAACGUCAGAAAGGUGAUGGAAAGCUAUCCAAAGCCUUCUGUGAUUUAUAGAUCGACCGUCAUAUCGCCAAAUCCAGAACGUUUGCUCUACUCCAGACUGCAGCACCCGUCCACUGUCAUAAGCACUGGUAAAUCUACUCAUUAUUGCAUUUCUCAAGAUCAGCCUAUGGAUUUCUCGACAGGGCCUAAGAAAACGUUCGAAGAUAACAAAAUCUUUUGCGGCCCAAACAGACCCAACGAAUUCGGUGUUGCCAGAACUAUUGUCGUUUAACUCGAAUAUCAGUUUGAUUUAUUCGUGCAUUUAAAAAAAGAAAUUCCUAAAGAGGGGGCCAUUCAAUAAUCUAUAGGUGUUCUUGAAUAUUUGAAUGUAGGGAUUUGGAAAUUCAGUUUCUCAUGUUUAAAUGUUGAAUGUUUCAUUGUUAAAGUAUAUCCGAAGCUUUUUUGAAGAUAUAGACUAAAUAAUGCAAAAAUGUUCGGAUAUUGGAUAUAAAGAAAAAUGUAUAAAUCGAAUUAUAAAUAAAAUAAAUACAACAUC